AUGAAAGCCGUGAAGAUUGCCAUAAGGGAGGACUCUGUAUCCAGCAACUCUGUAUCCGUGAGUCAGUACAGUAGUACAGAAACUUGCCGCCCUCCCCUGGGCCAGACAGACAAGGAGCUGUAUAGGGCUCGCAGACAGGACGACUGUGUUGAUGAGUGUUUCCGGUACACAAGUGGAGGUAGUAGAGUAGGGGUAGUCAGUCAGUCGCGGGGUCAGUCAGUCAGUCGCAGUUCUACUACCGGCCGCGAUAGUCAGAUAGAUGCCAGUGCCCCCCUGUCUCUGCACCGCUACAUUUGCUGGAUGCUUUACUGCAGGAUAGAAUGCUGGAAGAUGUGGCUUGGACACCUGGCAGUGUGCGGCUUUCUGUUGCUGCCGUCUCUGUCCCUCGCUCAGAACCACACCUGCCAUCGCACAAAGACAGUGGAAGUGAGGGUAGCUGUGCCUCUCCAGGAGCCUGCCACAUUUCGCAGCUACACCUGGUGUCUCAAGGUGCCCCCUCGCUGCUCCAAGUACACUGUGGUCAUGCGAGAGCGUAUAACCUACGAGACAGAAGUGCGUAACGAGACUGUGGUGGAGUGCUGUCCCGGGUCCGUGUGGCUGUACAACGUGUGCGUACCUGCGUGCGCAGCAUGUGCCAACAUGCGUUGUGACACCCCACGCAAUUGUUCCUGUACACCCGGCUACAUCGGGCCCCAAUGCAACCAGACUUGUGAAGUCGGCUGGUGGGGAGACCGUUGUGCAGAGGCUUGUGUCUGCAGGGUCGGAGAAGAUUGUGACCCCGUGUCAGGUAGCUGUAGCCCCUCCACUUCCACUCUUCCCCCUACAACCACUAGCAUCCCCUCUCCCCCCACCAAUACCACAGCACCACUUCCUUCUAUCAGCUCCACAACGGUGACAGCCCUACCUCCCACCAGCCUACCCUCAACCUCCAGCAUUCCGGUGACGACCACGCCCAACACAUUCGUCAACCUCACCCUACGGGAGCCCGCCACGUCCGCCGAGGACUUGACAGACUUCAACGUGAUCCUGAAGCCCCGAACCAAUGACUCAGUGAGACUCGUGGCGACCAAUGAGGAUGUGAACAGUUUGAAUGCUCUCGGGGACCUAGACUAUCCCGUCUUACCGACGGAAGUAGUGGAAUCGUAUAAUUACGAACGCGAACAGACUAAGAACAUGGAGAUGAACAGUUUGAGUGUGAAUGACAGUGGCUCGAUGGUGAACGACAGAUGGAUCGGUGAACUGGGAGCGCACUCCGGUGUCACCCUGGGCUCUGCGUUGGGCCUCCUCGCUCUGCUUGUGGUCGCAGUCAGUGCUGUAAUACGCUGCCGCAACCACAAAGCUGCACAACACCAGGUGGCUCCGGUUGACAAAGAUGUGCUCCAUCUUGUCGCCAGGAACAGUCACUAUGCAGUUCCAGGACCUCCUCCAUUUUCAUUCAUCAAUGGAUACAAUAUGGACUCGGUUACAGGAGAAGAGCGUGAAGAUAACUACGACCACCCACGCAGUGCUCGCUGUUUAGUUGUCAACGAACCAAUCUAUGACGAACUGCGAUACUAACAAUCAUGUCCUCACCCCUGUACAUAUACUGCCUAGUACAAACUCCACUGUUACAUAUUUAAAAAUAUAAGCUCUGUUAUAUGUUGGUACUAAAAUAAAUUUUCUUUUUAAA